ACGAAAAACAAAUCGCUAAGCACUUGUUUCCAGCAGCAUGUCUUCAAACAGUUCAGAUUAACUAUUUUCUCUAACUGUGGCCGGUUACUCUGUCACUCUGUGCUCCAGAAGCAGCUUUUAACCUCCACCCAGCAUGGACGACAGCCAUUUAAAACUGCUGGUGAAGCUCACUCAGGACGGACAGUUGAGCUCUCUGGAGGAACAGAUAACGUCAGGCGGCUCGGCGGCGGCUCAGACCGUCAGCAGCAAACACUUCGGCCGGUCAGGAGACACCUUGUUGCACUACGCUGCCAGACAUGGACACCUGGACAUUGUGGAGUAUCUAAUCAAGUGUGUAGGCAUGGAUGUGGAAGUGUACAACAACGACUACAAGAGGCCGCUGCAUGAAGCUGCAUCCAUGGGUCACCAGGCUUGUGUUAGCUACCUGCUCCGGGAAGGCGCUCCGGUGGACAGCCUGAAGAAGGCUGACUGGACUCCUCUGAUGAUGGCCUGCACUCGGAGGAACCUUGACGUGAUCCAGGAGCUGCUGUGUCACGGCGCCGACCCCGCGCUGAGAAACAAGGAUGGCUGGAACUCGUUCCACAUCGCCUGCAGGGAGGGUGAUCCCCUGGUUGUACAGCACCUGCUUCUUGUUACGCCAGAUGUCUGGACGACAGAGAGCAAGACACGCAGGACGCCGCUGCACACUGCAGCGAUGCAUGGCUGUGAGGAGGUCGUUAGGAUCUUACUGGAGAGAUGUGGCUACACCCCAGACAGCACAGACAGCUGUGGAGUGACUCCUUUGAUGGAUGCUGUCAGGAACGGACACAUCUCUGUGGCAAGGCUGCUUUUAGAAAACCACAAGGCGUCUCCGACAGCGGCUGACAAAGUCGGGGCUCAGCUGGUGCACCAGGUUGCUGUCACCGGCCAGGAGGAGGCCCUGCGGUUCCUGGUGCAGGACCUGAGUAUAGAUGUGAACCAGAGAGCGACUGACAUCCAGCUCACUGCCCUGCAUUACGCUGCUAAGGAGGGCCACACGUCCAUUAUAAAAACGCUGCUGGAGUUGGGAGCAGAUCUUCAUGUUCGGGACAAAAAGGGAAGAACCGCUCUUCAUAUGGCUUGCAUCGGGCAGCAUGCCGGAGCAGCCAGGAUGCUUCUGCAGCUCGGACUCAAAGAUUCAGAGGACGCAUCCGGCACGACAGCACGACAGCUCGCCAGGAAACCAGAUGUCAUACGAGUGUUUGAAUGUGGCUUUCCAGACACAUCAUAAACAAUACUAUAAUGCUACACAUUACACAUAUGUGCAAUUGGAUCAAUUAAUUUAAGUGAAGAAAACAACCUGAAAUAUUUAAUGUGAUUAAGGUCAACUAGUUAAGGUUGUAUGGGAUACAUUAAAUCUUUACCAGUAUUGUGUUUUGCAGUGUAUUCUUACGUGAUAGGACUGGGGGUAUUACUAUUAGUCACAUGACUUGAAUUAAAAGAGCUACAUGGAAAUUUCUGCUAUAGCUACGUAGCCAACGUUAGAAUUAACAGCUGUUUACUCACCAGUCUUGAAGAAAUGUUGCAAGUUCACCAUCAAACUUGCCAAGAUUUGUCCUGAGUGGUGGAUCACUUCUUUUCUUCUACUGAAAUUAGCAUGCUAACCAGCUGUGUUUUCAUUACCCACUGUGGCUUCCAAUCUGCCUUGAAGAAGUAGCACUGCUCAGAUGGUGUAUUAUAACCUCCUGUCUUGUAAAUGCAAUGACUGAACCUCUUGGCAAGCGACCAUGACGGUCAGCAGCAGAGAAAACUAGAAAAAAAACAUAUAGUCCCUUUAAAGUCUGGCCUUAGUCUGUUACAUUGGCUUCGGUGCUGGCGACUUGAGUUCCAAAAAUUACUUAAAAAGGCUAUGAUGGUGUUUUUACCAGAAGGCCAACCACGCUGCUUCAUGAUAUGUGUGGAAAACGCUAUGCGGUUAAGUUUAAGCAUGACUGGAUACACUUAAGAUAAGCGCGCCUGUGUGGGAUUCUGUCUGAUUAUAUUUUGAUAUCAUCAUAAACCCUCUAGCUUGCCGUGAUGUCUGAUACUGAACAAAACCUAAGCUUUAAACAUCACUUACCACAUCUGAUACUUACAGUCUUCUUGGCUGGCUGGUGUGGAUUACUGCAUAUGAAAACACUGUGUAUGCAUGUCAAUGUGUAUGGAAUUAAUGUAUUGAAUGAACAUAAAAAAAAAAUGUUACAAUGAAA